AUGUUUGAAGAAGGAGAUGACGAUUUCAUAUACUUCAAAAACUAUAAAAAUACUCAACGAAUUCCAAUUGUUAUAUACGCCGACUUCGAAUGUAUUUUAAACCCAAAACAACCUGUUAAAUUCAUUCAAAGUGAUAAGUUGAGGUUUAGAGAAACUAUUAAAGUAUUUUCUAUUAAAGUGUUAGAUUUAGUUACACGAAAAGGAGUCUUCCCUUAUGAAUAUGUUGAUAGUUGGAGUAAACUUAAUGAUUCUUUUUUACCUUCAAAGCUUGAAUUUUAUAGCUCUCUAACCGAUGAAAAUAUUACUGAUGACGAUUAUAUACAUGCGAAAAAUGUAUGGAACGUGUUUAAUAUAAAGACAUUAGGUGAAUAUAGCGAUCAUUAUUUAAAAACUGAUGUUGUAAUACUAGCUGACGUGUUUGAAAAUUUCAGAGACUUAUGUUUAUCUACUCUUGAACUAGAUCCUGCUCAUUAUAUGACUGCUCCGGGAUUUGCGUAUGACUGUAUGCUUAAAUAUACUAAAAUCGAAUUAGAAAGGUUAAAAUGUCCUAACAUGCUUUUGUUUAUCGAGAACUCUAUUCGUGGUGGAAUAACUCAAUCAACUAAAAGAUAUGCUAAAGCAAACAUACCAAAUAUUGAAGGAUUGAAUUAUAAUUCUAAUGAACCGAUUACAUGGAUAACAUAUCUUGAUUGUGUAAAUUUAUAUGGAAAGUCUAUGUUGACAGAAUUACCUUUUAAAGAUUUUGAAUGGGUUGAUGACUUAAACAUAGACGUAACUAAAAUUGCUGAUGAUUCUGAAGUUGGAUAUAUAUUAGAAGUUGAUGUCGACUACCCUAAAAAUUUGCAUAAAACUCAUAAUGAUUUCCCGUUUUUACCGUUAAACGAAUGUCCGCCAAAUUCUAAAGUUAAGAAAUUGUUAACUACACUAUUACCGAAAAAAAACUAUAUUGUUCAUUACAAAAAUUUAAAGCAAGCUAUUUCACACGGUCUUAAACUUGUAAAAAUUCAUCGUGCUAUCCGAUUUUCUCAAAAGAAAUGGAUGUCAUCGUACAUUGAAUUCUGUACUAAAAUGAGAACAGAAGCUAAAAACGAGUUUGAAAAAGAAUUCUGGAAGCUUUUAAUUAAUAGUGUUUUUGGAAAAUGUAUGGAGAACGUUCGAACAAGAACUUCUAUAAAACUGGUUUCAUCGGGAAAAAAAGCUAAUAAAUUAAUGGCAAAAACUAAUUUUAAGGAUAGAACUAUAUACUCUAAGAAUCUUAUGGCUAUUCAUCAACAUAAGGAAACUAUUAAAUUCGAUAAGGCGAUUUAUGUAGGAUCUGCAAUUUUAGACGUUUCGAAAACUUUUAUGUAUGAUUUUCAUUAUAAUGUAAUGAAAAAGAAAUAUGGUAGAAAAAUUAGUUCUUUAUAUUCGGAUACAGAUUCCUUGAUAUAUACCAUUCAAACAAAAAAUUUUUUCGAUGAUUUAAAAAAUGAUUUAUUGCCAUAUUUUGACACAUCUAAUUAUCCUAAAGACCAUUAUUGCUUUAGUGAAAUUCAUAAAAGCCAACCAGGAUUCUUCAAGGACGAACUUAAAUCAAUAAUUCUUAAAGAAUUCGUUUCAUUAAGACCGAAAUUAUACGCUUAUAAAACCAUAGAUGAUACUGUAGAAAAAAAAGCAAAAGAGAUAUUAAAUGCUUUUAUCAACCAUAGAUCUGUUGAGAAAAAACAAUCUCACAGAAACAUGAACUUCAUUCAAUCGAAUAAACAUGUUGUUCAUUCAAAAACAAUGAACAAGCUUGUUCUCAGUGCCAAUGACGAUAAAAGAUAUAUAAUGAAUGAUGGGAUAAAUACAUUGGCGUAUGGUCAUUACAAACUCACAAAAUAA